ACAAUGAAGCCCAGUCUAGAGGGAGUCUGGGAGCCCAGUCUAGAGAUGAAGCCCAACUAAACAAUGAAAGAAAAAGUCCGUGACCAAAAAACAAAGAAAGAAAAGACAAAAAGAAGAAGAUUUGGGAAAGGCGUGAGAAGUUGGAAAGCAGGGCGUGCGUGGAAAUUUCGAUUGAAGAGAAGAAGAGAAGCGAAGGCCCCUUUUCCUUUCCUUUGGCCUUGUUGCCCAAGUCAAGAAUUUGUUUUUGUUAUUUUCCCUGAACCCCUUUUCUGAGCAUACCAUAAACCCUCGAAUUGGAAGUGAUGGUGGCGAAAUCAGGGGAGAAUGGCUGUGUGGCUCCGUUCCUUCAGAAGUGCUACGAUAUGGUCUCCGACCCUUCCACCGACUCCGUCAUCUCUUGGACCCAUCAAGGCCACACCUUCCUCAUCUCCGAUAUCACCCAAUUCUCCCUCACUCUUCUCCCCAAUUACUUCAAGCACAACAACUUCUCCAGUUUCAUCCGCCAGCUCAACAUCUACGGCUUCAGGAAAAUUGAUACGGACCGCUGGGAAUUCGCCAAUGACAACUUUGUCAAGGGUCAAAAGCAUUUGUUGAUCAAUAUUCGGAGAAGGAAACAUCCGCACGCUGCAGAUCAUCAAAAGCCAGUGGCCAUGAAAGACAAUUCUGAUGAAGCACCAGCAAAUGAUGGGCUUUGGAAGGAAGUGGAGAAUCUAAAAUCCAACAAGAAUUCCCUCAUGCAGGAGUUGGUUAAACUUAGGCAGCAUCAAGAAUCUGCCGAGAAUAAGCUGCUACUCCUCACUGAUCGCCUUCAAGGAAUGGAGAAGCAUCAGCAGCAGAUGCUAUCAUUCUUGGUCAUGGUUGUUCAAAGUCCCGGCUUCAUGGUUCAACUCCUUCAGCCUAACGAAAACAAUUGGCGAAUGGCCGAACUUGGAGAUGGGAAUGGGAUGAUAGUAAAGUAUAAACCUCCGGUGCCCGAAAAUCUCAAGCCUGUAGUUCCCCGAUCACCCACUUUCGAGAAGCAACCGGAACCUGAGCUUUCUUUCGAUGGUUUAAAAGACUUGUGCAUCAGUUCUGAGUUCUUGAAAGUUCUUAUGGAUGAGAAGUUGUCUCCUUUGGAAAAUCAUCCUCCAUUUCUUCUUCCGGAUUUACCUGAUGAUGGUUCAUGGGAGCAACUUUUUCUUGGUAGUCCUUUCUUGCAAAACACUGAUGAAGCUGACAAGCCCACUGUCAGCGGAAUGGAGAUAGAACCCAUCACACACGAAGAUCAAACUGAAAAGUCUCAAUCUUUUGAAUCUUUGAUUCUAGAAAUGGAGAAAACUGAAGAGACCGAUGCAUUGGAAUUACGAGCUGAUGGAGUUCAUUUGGAGGGAUCGGAUAAACUGAAAUCUCUAACCAAGCAAAUGGAACUUCUGGCUUCUGAAACUGACAAUGAAGAGGAGGAGGAAGAGGAAGGAAGGAAGUGAUAAUAAUGCUGGAGGGAUAUUUUUCAGUUGGAUUAUCUUCAUUGAGUACCUUAUACUAUAUAGAUAUAGCAUUAAGUUUUUUUUGUCUUCCAUCUUCUACCUCCAAUCUUUGUUAGAUCCGCAACCAAAAUUAUAGUGAGUCUCCUAGUUAUUACACAUGAUCUAGAUGCUAAAUAUAGAUAAUAUUCUUCUCUAUGUUCUAUAUGUGAAUCCAACUUGUAUCUGAAUACUAAUCGCGGUUUCCUUUUAUUGACAGAUUUUGAUUUUUGA